AUGCAGCAGUUGUUCGCUCUCUUGUUCGGCCUCACGGCCCUCCUGGCCGGCUCGUUUGGCCUCGCGCCCGUAGACGAGUCUGGCAAGUUGCCGGGCAACAUCAACAUCAACAUCAACAACAACAACAACAACAACAACGGCGGGGUUGGUGGUACCGGUGUGCGGGUUGUCUACGAGGAUGCCCGUUCGUUCUGCCAUGCCGAGGGAAAGGCGCAUCACUGCCAGCCGCAGUUCACCAACCUGGCCGAGGGUCUGGUUGUGCAGGCCAGCUCGACAUGUGGCGCCGAGGGUCGUGGUGAGCGCAUCUGCCGGCGUUGGCGAGACGAGUCGAGCGAAUCGCAUGUCUUCUGUGAGACCUGCAAUGCUCGCCGGCCCGCGGAAGCGCAUGGAGCCGACAAGCUGACGGAUCGCCAUAGCGCCUCGAACCAGACCUGUUGGAUUUCUGGUCCCGUGGCUCGAGCGCCCGAUUCCAGCAGACCGGCGCCUCCGCGGCCCGGAGUCGCGCCCGGUCUCGUCAAUCUGACCAUUUCGCUGGCCAAGCGAUUUGAGGUAUUCUACAUCUCCCUGCAGCCAUGCGGACAGUUGCCCGACUCCAUCGCCGUCUACAAAUCGGCCGACUUCGGCGCCUCCUGGCAGCCAUGGCAAUACUUUUCCCGUGACUGUUAUCGCGCCUUCAAACUGCCCACCAGCAACGCGCACAACGCCCAAAUCUCCUCCACCAACAUUCAAGAGGUGCUCUGCGUCGAUUUGCCCUCGCCAACCAACUUCAAUCGUUUCGGUCAGACCACCAACGUCCUGCCCUUCAGCACCACCAUCGGUCGGCCCUCGGCGCAGCCGUGGAGUCCGGCUCUGAUCGAGUGGAUGACGGUGACGGACGUCCGCAUCAGCCUGAUCCGAUCACCUCGAGUCGAGCCCGGCCACGCCGUGUCGGGCCAAGUCGAGUCCGGACAAACGGGCCCCGGAGGACGUCAGGGCGCGCGCAUCUCGCGCCAAUCCUACGCCUCCGACACGGAGGCGGUACUCGAUCCCGAGAUCUUCCGGCUCGACGAACACGCCUCGUCUGAUGGCCAUCUGUUGCCCGGGCAUCGGAUCUCCUCGCGCCAGCUCGCCGGACUCGACACCCUCCAGCACUACCAGGCCGACUCGGCCAUCGGGAGCCCAGCAACCGUUGGCAAGGCCAGAAAUGGCGAGACGGCAGACGCGAUGGACGCCGAGUUGAACGAUGAUGUGGUACACUUCGGCUUCUCAGACCUGUCGAUUGGGGGUCGGUGCAAGUGCAACGGACACGCGAGUCGUUGCGUUCGGGAUCGUCUCGUCGAGACGACACCCGACGGACUCGAACGCGUCACAUGGGGCCAGUUGCGAUGCGAUUGUCAGCACAACACGCAGGGCGUAGAUUGUGAGGCCUGUGCUCCCGGCUACCUGGACAGCCCCUGGGCUCGAGCAACCACAGAGUCGGCACAAGAGUGUAAACGUACGUAG